AUAAAUCCUACCUCAUUUUUGCUUUUCCUUUACUAUUUCUCUCCCUCCCUCCCUCUCUCCCUCCCUUUCUGUGGUUUCCUCCAUUGCAAACCAAGCUUCCUCUCCUGCUUUCUAAGAGGUCCCUAUCUACUCUCCAUAUAGAUAGAAGACCCACCAACCAUUUCACUUAUCUCUGCAUUUUUGCUCAAAAAUCAUCUAUAUUUACAUGUAAUUCUCUCCCUCAGUGUGCACAAAUUUGUCUUCAAAGGCUAGAUUUUUAUCUGUCUUUCUUUGCGUUUCUCUUUAUCAUUCACCGACUUCUUUUUUGGCCCACUAGAGCUGCGUCUAAACCACUCCUCUUUGGAGCAACUUUGCCUUUUGGAGGCUUCUAAGUUUUGGUGGGUUUGUGUUAUUUGAGGACUCAGGUCUACAUUGGCCAAUCUAUGCUUAUUGAACCUCAUUUGCAUCCAGAAAGAGAAGUCAUUUAUUUGCUUUUGUGGGUGCUCGAGGAAGAAGAUCAAGGGGGCUAGCUUCUACCCUUGGAUCGCUGCAAAGGUGGGCAUUUGUUGAUUCGUUGGAAUAUAAGGCACUACCUCCUUGUACAAUUUUGGCCGUGGAUUAUCGCAGAUGUCGUCUGAGAGUCUGAAUGCAGAAUUAUCAAAGAAGACUUCAUUUUUGGGUUUAAAAUUAUGGGUGUUAAUUGGGGUAUCUGUUGGAGCAUUUAUAAUUUUGAUUCUCUGUAUCCUAUCUGCAUGGAUUAUGUUUCGGAGAAGAACUAGAAGAUCAAUUGACAAUUUUUCCCUUUCUCAAAUACCAAAUGUGUCAAAGGAUAUCAGGAUUGACAGAGUUGGAGCUCAGAGUGUCAAUGAUCACCCUGAAAGUUUAUGCCUCACAGUCCCUGAUAACUCAACAAAUAAUAAUUCAGAACAGACGCCAGUUCAUUUGGGAAUAAGCAAAUUGAGUGAUCCUGAUAACAUUAGCCAGAGUAGUUCAAUUUAUCAUCAUGAAAGAGGAUGUAGUUCGCACUCAGGGGAAGAAGGAAGCUCUGGGACUGUGAGGAAGCAGUCUUCAUUAUCAUGUGCAGGACUCGUGACAGCUUCCCCCUUAGUUGGCUUGCCGGAAAUUUCACAUCUUGGAUGGGGCCACUGGUUUACUCUCAGGGAUCUUGAGUUUGCAACAAACCGUUUUGCAGCAGAGAAUGUGAUUGGUGAGGGUGGUUAUGGGAUUGUUUAUAGGGGUAGGCUAGUCAAUGGAACUGAGGUAGCUGUGAAGAAGCUUCUUAACAAUCUGGGACAAGCAGAGAAAGAAUUUAGGGUCGAGGUGGAGGCUAUUGGUCAUGUUCGACACAAGAACCUAGUGCGGCUUCUUGGCUACUGUAUUGAAGGAGUGCACAGGAUGCUGGUGUAUGAAUAUGUGAACAAUGGGAAUUUAGAACAAUGGCUACAUGGAGGAAUGUGCCAUCAUGGUACCCUUACAUGGGAGGCCCGCAUGAAGGUUCUUCUUGGCACUGCUAAAGCGCUUGCCUAUUUGCAUGAAGCAAUUGAACCAAAGGUUGUUCAUCGAGACAUAAAGUCAAGCAAUAUCUUGAUUGAUGACGAGUUUAAUGCUAAGGUUUCUGAUUUUGGCUUGGCCAAGCUCCUAGAUUCAGGAGAAAGCCACAUCACAACUAGAGUAAUGGGUACAUUUGGUUAUGUUGCACCAGAAUAUGCUAAUACCGGCUUGUUAAAUGAGAAGAGUGACAUUUACAGCUUUGGUGUCCUGCUGCUAGAAGCAGUUACUGGAAGGGACCCUGUGGACUAUGGCCGACCUGCUAAUGAGGUCAAUCUUGUUGAGUGGCUAAAGAUGAUGGUGGGGUCAAGAAGAGUUGAGGAAGUUGUGGACCCAAAUCUUGAAGUUAAACCAACAACACGGGCUUUGAAACAUGCUCUUUUGGUUGCACUUAGGUGCGUUGAUCCUGAUGCAGAAAAGAGACCCAAAAUGAGUCAGGUCGUGCGAAUACUUGAAGGAGAUGAGCACCCAUUUCGUGAGGACCGAAGGAACAGAAAGAGUCGAAGUAUAAGCAUUGAAAUUGAAUCCAUGAAAGAAUCAAUGGACAUGGAAAACAAGGUGGGUGAUUCAGAGAGCAAGUUCUCUGAAACAAACCAUUGAUGGGACUGACAAAAGUAAUCCAGGAAAACAGUCGCUUUCUCAUCUGUUAGAUUCAAAGCUUUCAAAAACUCAAAAAAAGAAAAACAUACAGCCAAAAUUUCGUGUCCUCGAUUUCCUGUAUGCAAAGGAGGAAAUGGAUACAAAGUAGCCUACUUAGAUUGUGGAGUGAUGGCCAUCUCUUUUCUAGAAUUUUCCUUCAUCCCUGUGGAUUGAUGAAGAGGUCUUUUUGAUGACAGAAAAAAGGCAACAACAGUUGAACAAGGGGAAAGAGAGUUUCUUCCUUCUUGUACAGAUGCAUCUACAUAUGAUUACACCAUUUUUUUUUUCUCAUUUAUUCUUGUUUUUGAGAUGAUGAAUUGAGUUACUUGGCCUCACCGUUUUCUUAAAACUUAUUAUGUUGUCGUGAGUUAAUUAUUUUGUAUUAGGCAUCAAUGCCCAUUAUUGAUUCAAUGAAUGUUUUCUUUAGA